AUGGCUAGCGCUGGUGACGGUAUACCCACAUUCAAGCUCGUUUUAGUGGGCGAUGGUGGUACUGGGAAAACGACGUUCGUAAAGCGUCAUCUUACCGGAGAGUUCGAGAAGAAAUAUGUUGCCACGCUUGGAGUAGAAGUUCAUCCGCUCAUUUUUCAUACAAACCGAGGUCAAAUCCGUUUCAACGUAUGGGAUACCGCUGGACAAGAGAAGUUCGGUGGACUGCGUGAUGGCUACUACAUUCAAGGUCAAUGUGCCAUAAUAAUGUUCGACGUAACCGCUCGUGUCACGUACAAAAAUGUCCCGAAUUGGCAUCGUGACUUAGUACGAGUUUGCGAGAACAUACCGAUCGUACUCUGUGGAAAUAAGGUUGAUGUGAAAGAUAGAAAGGUGAAGGCUAAAACGAUCACAUUCCAUCGUAAGAAGAACCUUCAGUACUACGAUAUCUCAGCAAAGUCCAACUACAAUUUCGAGAAGCCUUUCCUGUGGUUAGCACGCAAGCUCUUGGGUGAUCCUAACCUUGAGUUUGUUGCUAUGCCAGCUCUUGCACCUCCCGAGGUUACAAUGGAUCCAAUGAUGAUUGCGCAGUAUGAGGACGACUUGAAGAAGGCUGGCGAUGCAGAAUUGCCGGAUGACGACGACGAUCUCUAA